ACCACCCAUACCUAUAUCAAUCCAGUCUGACUGGUGUUGUGGUAUUACAGAUUCCAAAGCGAAACAUUUAAAGGCUAUGCCUGUGCAAGCCUCCUCACUUCAACCUGCAGAGUGACAGAAGGACUGUGUAGAGCUGGGACAAUGUCUAAAAUGUCAUGGAUUGAAAAAACAUUUCAUAAAAGAGACUGUGUUCAGAUUAUUCCAAGUUCAAGAGAACCACAUAGGUGCCUUCCAGGAUGUCAAAUUUGCCAGCAACUUGUCCGAUGCUGCUGUGGCAGGUUAAUCAAACAACAUGCCUAUUAUGCCAGUGGUGCUGGUCCCUCAGGGGCAGCCCAUGUACAGGAGUCAGAGCACUGGACAGUGGAUAGACACACAGUGAAAAGCUCCACUGAUGCUUUUGGCACCAUUGACUUUCAGUGCGGAUCUCAUGGCUACAAAGCAAAGUUUAUCAGAUUGUCAGAUGACAGCAAAGUGGAAGACAUCCUGCAGCUAAUGAUUAAGGAAUGGCACAUGAAGAGGCCGAAUCUGGUGAUUUCUGUUCAUGGGGGAAUGCAGAAAUUCGAACUUCAUCCCCGAUUUAAGGAAGCUUUUGGCAAGGGAUUUGUUAAAGCUGCAGUAUCAACGGGAGCCUGGAUAUUUACAGGAGGAACCAAUAAUGGAGUAGCUGCACAUAUUGGAGAUGCCAUAAAGGAAUAUGCCACUCGUCUCACCCAUAAUAUUAGUAUAAUUGGAGUAGCACCUUGGGGUAUCAUUGAGGGCAGACAGGAUCUCAUUGGGAAUAAUGUUAUGGCUCCAUAUCAAACGUUGCUGAGCCCUCUGAGUAAACUUCAUGUUCUGAACAACCUGCAUUCCCACUUCUUGCUGGUAGAUGAUGGGACUGCGGGACGGACUGGAGGGGAAAUUAAUUUGCGAAGAGAACUUGAAAAUAAAACCAGCUUGCAACAAUUUAAUGCGAAAACUGGUAGACAUGUUCCUAUGAUGGCUCUUAUAUUGGAAGGGGGACCAAAAACCAUCCUUACAGUCCUGGAAUAUCUUCAGCAAAGUCCUCCUGUACCAGUUGUUGUCUGUGAAGGGACUGGCAGAGCGGCAGACCUCCUUGCAUAUGUUCAUAAACAUACAGAGAGCAGUGGACUUCUCCCAGAUGGAAUGGAAUCAAAUGUCAUCUCUAUCAUUAAGAAGACUUUCACGUUAAAUAAAAAUGAAGCUUUACUCCUGUUCCAGACCCUAAUGUGCUGCAUGCAAAUGAAGGAGCUAAUAACAGUAUUACACAUUGGGCCUGAUAUUCAUCAGGAAAUUGAUGUAGAUCUACUCAAAGCUCUAUUGAAAGGUAACAAUAUCUCCCCCAUUGAUCGGCUGCAUUUGGCACUUGCAUGGGAUAGAGUGGAUAUUGCCAAAAAUCACAUUUUUGUACGUGGACAACAAUGGCUGACAGAACCUUUGGAACAAGUCAUGAUGGAUGCUCUUAUCAUGGAUAGAGUUGAAUUUGUCAAGCUCCUGAUAGAAAAUGGGGUCAGCAUGCAAAAAUUCCUAACAAUUCCCCGUCUGGAUGAACUUUACAAUGUGAAACCAGAUACAAACAGCGACACCCUUUUACAGCUUAUAUUGGAGAUAAAAAAGGGUAACGUCCCAGGCAAGUAUAAAAUCACUAUGAUGGAUGUGGGGCUUGUAAUUGAAUAUCUAAUGGGAGGUGUAUUUAGAAGCCGUUACACAAAGAAAAACUUCAAAGCGAUGUACAAAGCACUAAGUCAGAGUUCCAUUCGGAGCCCUGCUGGUGGCACUUCCAAACACCCUCAAAAUGAGAAGAAUUUGGGGAAAGAAGUAACAAAGGAUAAAACAAGACACACUCAUUUCAUCCAAACAGCACAACCCUACAAAGCUAAGACCAGUGGUACACAUGGAGACAGUCAAAAGUCCAGUAGAAAUGACGCUCUAGAGGCUGACAAUCAGAUAACAAGGCCAUUCCCUUAUCCUUUCAAUGAUCUCCUGGUUUGGGCUGUGCUAACCAAGAGACAAAAGAUGGCCCUGUUUUUUUGGCAGCAUGGGGAGGAGUCCAUGGCUAAAGCCCUGGUAGCUACAAAGCUCUAUCGUGGGAUGUACCAGGAGGCCCAGCAGAGUGACAUCAUUGAUGACUCCUCUGAAAAGCUAAAGAAAUAUUCCAAGGAAUUUGGGGAAUUGGCAGUAGAGCUUUUAGACCAGUCCUUUAAGCAGAAUGACUUGAUGGCAAUGAAACUUUUGACAUAUGAACUCAAAAACUGGAGCAAAUCUACAUGCCUUAAACUAGCUGUUUCCUCAAGGCUUCGCACCUUUGUGUCACAUACAUGUACUCAGAUGUUGCUUAAUGAUAUGUGGAUGGGCAGACUGAACAUGAGAAAGAAUGCCUGGUACAAGGUGAUUUCAGGCAUAUUUUUCCCACCAAUUAUUCCACUGUUUGAUUACAAAACCAUGGCGCAAAUGUCCCACAUCCCACAGUCUCAAGAUGAUUACAAAAUGAAUCUCGAUGACAAAGAGGAGAUUACCUGUUCAGUAGAAGGUAUAGCUCUGGAGGCAUUUAAAGAGAAAUGUCCUAAUGGAGAAAAUGAACAUUCUACCGGAAUGAAGAAUGAAGGGAAACCAAAACGUGUUCCUAUUGCUCGAAGGUUUUAUGCAUUUUACCAUGCACCCAUAGUAAAAUUUUGGCUGAGCACACUGGUUUACAUGGCAUUUUUAAUGCUGUACGCAUUUGUGGUCCUGGUCAAAAUGGAGAGUUUGCCCUCUGUUCAAGAAUGGAUUGUGAUCUUGAGCAUCUUAACCACUGGUGUGGAAAAAAUACGUGAGAUCUUCAUGUCAGAAGCUGGAAAACUGACGCAAAAGCUCAGAGUGUGGUUCAGCAGUUACCUGAAUAUAAAUGAUGCAAUUGCCAUUAUCACUUUCCUUGUUGGAUUUGGCUUGAGAUUUGGAGGGAGAGAUUUUAUGCUUGAUAGUGAUUAUCAUGAAGAUGAUUAUAUUUUCAUCGCUGGAAGACUGAUAUAUUGUUUAAAUACAAUUUUUUGGUUUAUAAGAUUGUUGGAUAUUCUAAGUGUCAAUCAAGAAGCAGGGCCUUAUGUUUUAAUGGUUGGCAAAAUGGUAAUGAGUAUGUUUUACGUUGUUGUGAUCAUGGUGAUUGUUCUGAUUACAUACGGAAUUCCAAGAAAAGCUAUUCUCUAUCCACACGAGGAUCCUUCAUGGACUCUUGCAAAAGACGUUUUAUUUCAUCCAUAUUUCAUGAUUUAUGGAGAAGUAUUUGCCUAUGAAAUAGAUGUAUGUGGCAAUGAUUCUGCGGUUCCGCACCUAUGUGGCACUGGGACAUGGAUAACUCCCUUUCUGGAAGCGACAUAUUUAUUGGUCAAUUAUGUCAUUAUGGUCAAUCUGAUUAUUGCGGUAUUUAAUCAUGUAUACUUGCAAUAUAAAUCCAUGUCCAACAUAAUAUGGAAAUGCCAGCGCUAUAAGUUCAUCAUGGCCUUUCAUUCAAAGCCUGUCCUGCCUCCGCCACUUAUUAUUCUCAGUUAUGUGACCUCCUUGUUCAGCUGUGUGUUUUUGCGCAAGCAGAAAAACAAGACACAUGGGCCAAAACUAUACUUAACUGAAGAAGAGCAGAAGAAGCUCCACGAGUUUGAGGAGCAUUGUGUAGGCAUUUAUUUAAUUUACAAGGAAGAUAAGAACAAAAAUAAACCCGAUGAAAGAAUCAAAGUAACUUCUGAAACGACUGAUCACAUAAGCAAGGAGAUGGAUAAUGUUGGAGAGCAGGUCAUGUUCAUUAAACGCUCACUGCUGUCACUGGAUAAACACAUUGGACAUCUUCAAGAUCUUUCUGGCCUUACCUUUGAUACCUUGAAAACCCUGACUGCGCAAAAAGCAUUGGAGACGAGCAGGAGCCUUAGUGCUAUGUCCUGUGAUUUAAGCCUUUCAAGAUAUGCCUCCAGUGAUGGACUGUCAGCCAUAUGGAAGAGAAGUAACACUGACCAAGUGUGGGCAUGUCCCUACACACAGCAUGGUCUGGAGAGAAAUAUGCACCCACGUGCUUCAAAAUCACAUAGGAAAACAAAUAUUCCAGAUGCAGAUUUUGUAAAUAGUUCCAUGUUUCAGAGGGCUGAUUCUGUUCCAGACUCACAAAAAGAAAAUCUUUUUGAAGAAAAAGACAAUUUUAAUAAUCAGAAACUUUUUAACCAAACACUUCAGGCUCAUGCAAAAAGUGAAAUAAGAUCCCAGGUUUGUGACAUGAAGUCUGGGUUAGACCAAAUCAUUUCUCCAUGCUCUGAAGACAACCCAUCUUGCAAGUGUACCUGCAGUAAAGAGGGUUAUGUUAACUGUGGAUUCAUUGAUGACAUAGCCAAUGGGCAUAACAAUAAUGAAAAGAACAUUAUGGAUUGUGAAUCUUAUUCUACACCAAGAGGAGACCUGUGGCAUGGAGUAAAAUCCCUGCCACACAUGAACGAUCAAGAUAUUACCCAGAAGAAAAAAGACAGAUUUACAGGAUUCUUUCAGAAGCUGUGGCACGGCUCUAGGCACAAACAUAGCCUGGAAAAGCAGAUGUCUGUUGACACAAAUUCCUCAGAGGCUGAGGCGAAUAUUUUCAAUGCUUGCUUACACAAUUUAUACAAUGAAGAUGAAACCAAUUUAAGAAGAACCCAGUCCUGCACAGAAUUAACAAGCUUUAAUGGAUCUCCUGCUCCUGAUUCACCAAAUCAGAUACAAAUGAAUAGCAGAGCAACAUCUCCUGAAGACUACUAUCAAACAGACUCAGAAGCAGCUUUACUGAAGGAGUCUUUGUACAGCAGAUAUUCACUGAACCACAAUAAAUCGCCUAGCCAGGAACGAAUCUGGAAUGGUUUUGGGUCUCAGUUCAACACAUCAAAGGACACAACUUCUUAUUACACAGCUGUUGAAAGAAACAACUUGUACCGGCUAUCCCAGAGUAUACCAUUUACACCUCUUCCUCCCAAAGGUGAGCUGUUCACAGUGUAUCGUUUAGAAGAAAGCUCCCCACAGAUUAUGAAUAACAGCAUGUCAUCAUGGUCCCACCAUGGUUUCUAUGCUAAAUUUGAAUUUAAAGGAAAAGAGGAGAUGGGAGGAGGACUAAGGCGGGCAUCAAAAGUAGCAUGUACCUGGUCGGAAAAUUAUAUUCUUAAAUCUGGACACUUUUAUAUCAUAAAGUCAUUCCUUCCGGAGGUUGUCAACACUUGGUCCAGUAUCUACAAAGAAGAUACAGUAUUACAACUUUGCCUAAGGGAAAUCCAACAGCAAAGAGCAGCACAGAAACUCCUGUUCGCUUUUAACCAGAUGAAGCCGAAGUCAAUUCCUUAUUCUCCAAGAUUUCUGGAGGUGUUCCUCAUGUAUUGCCACUCUGCUGGCCAAUGGUUCACAGUGGAGGAAUGCAUGACAGGAAGAUUCAGAAAGUACAAUAAUAACACCGGAAAUGAAAAUGUUCCAACGAAUAAACUGGAGAAGACUAUGUUGGCUUUCAGUCACUGGACAUACGAAUACACAAGAGGGGAAUUUCUUGUCCUGGAUCUGCAGGGAGUUGGGGAAAAUCUGACAGAUCCUUCAGUUAUAAAAGCUUGGGGGAGAAGAUCACAGGAUAUGAUAUUUGGCCCAGCAAACUUGGGAGAAGAUGCAAUCAAAAACUUCUGUUCCAAGCACCAAUGCAACACAUGCUGCAGAAACCUCAAACUUACAGAGCUAAAAAGGACUGAUUACACCCCCGAUGAAGCUUUAAUCUUGAAUAGUUCCCUGCAGAGGAUAUCACCCACCUGCUCCGAGGAGGAGUCUCCCCAACAACCUAUCCGUGUCAUGCUGUGAUUUAUAAUAGCAAAACUGAUAAGAAGCUUUGAUACACCACUGCCAUUAAAACUUUCUAAUGCCAGGGGGAUUGUGGGUUCAGCUUCUAUGUACCAUCAGUAUUUAAAUGGUUUUAUUUUGUC